CACAUUCUCUACAAAUCUCUUUUCUCUCUUUGGGUCUCUCAUUCUUCCUCGCAUUGUCUAAAUUCAUUCAAAAAAAGGAAAAACUUAAGCUGGUUGGAUAUGGCUGCUACAUACGAACCAAAGAACAUCCUAAUCACUGGAGCCGCUGGCUUCAUAGCAUCCCAUGUUUGCAACCGGCUCAUCAGGAACUACUCUAAUUACAACAUUGUUGUCCUCGACAAGCUUGAUUACUGUUCAAAUAUGAAGAACCUGCUACCCUCGAGAUCAUCCCCCAACUUCAAGUUCAUCAAAGGAGACAUUGGGAGUGCUGAUCUUGUCAACUUCAUCCUCCUUUCCGAGUCUAUCGAUACCAUAAUGCACUUUGCAGCUCAGACUCAUGUUGACAACUCCUUUGGCAACAGCUUUGAGUUCACUAAGAACAAUAUAUAUGGCACCCAUGUUCUGCUGGAGGCCUGCAAAGUCACUGGCCAAAUCAAGAGGUUUAUCCAUGUGAGCACGGACGAGGUUUAUGGGGAGACAGAUGAGGAUGCUGUUGUAGGGAAUCAUGAGGCUUCUCAGCUCCUUCCAACGAAUCCGUAUUCUGCUACUAAAGCUGGGGCGGAAAUGCUUGUUAUGGCAUAUGGACGAUCAUAUGGAUUACCUGUGAUAACUACCAGAGGUAAUAAUGUUUAUGGGCCCAACCAGUUCCCUGAAAAGAUGAUUCCGAAAUUCACCCUCUUGGCCAUGAAGGGAAAGCAUUUGCCAAUUCAUGGGGAUGGAUCUAAUGUUAGGAGUUAUCUCUACUGUGAAGAUGUUGCGGAGGCAUUUGAAGUCAUUCUCCACAGGGGUGAAGUGGGGCAUGUCUACAACAUUGGUACAAAGAAAGAAAGGAGAGUGGUUGAUGUGGCCAGGGAAAUUUGCCAUCUUUUCUCUUUGAACCCAGAUGAGUAUAUUAAGUUUGUAGAGAAUAGGCCUUUUAAUGACCAGAGAUACUUUUUGGAUGACCAGAAGCUGAAGAACUUGGGAUGGUUCGAACGAACUUCAUGGGAAGAGGGUCUAAGGAAGACCAAGGAGUGGUAUGUCAACAAUCCUGAUUGGUGGGGUGAUGUUUCCGGAGCUCUUCUCCCACAUCCAAGAAUGCUAAUGGUUCCUGGAAUUGAAAGGAAGUUUGAUGGGCCUGAUGUUAGCAAUUCUGCUUUCUCUUUUGCAGUAAAUAAUCCUAAUCAGAGCCGAAUGGUUGUUCCUGCUCCAAAGAACAAUCCCUCUACUCAGAAGCCAGCUCUGAAGUUCUUGAUUUAUGGUAGAACAGGGUGGAUUGGGGGCCUUCUUGGGAAAAUUUGCGACAAGCAAGGGAUAGCAUUCGAGUAUGGAAGGGGGCGUUUGGAGGAAAGGUCACAACUCUUGGCAGAUAUUCAGAGUGUUAAGCCAACUCAUGUUUUCAAUGCUGCUGGAGUGACUGGCAGACCUAAUGUGGAUUGGUGUGAAACUCAUAAAACAGAGACAAUCCGAACCAAUGUUGUCGGUACUUUAACCUUGGCAGAUGUCUGCAGGGAGCAUGGCCUCCUAAUGAUGAAUUAUGCCACUGGCUGUAUUUUUGAAUAUGAUGCUGCACAUCCAUUAGGGUCUGGAGUUGGGUAUAAGGAGGAAGACAAGCCUAAUUUCACUGGUUCUUUCUAUUCCCAAACCAAAGCCAUGGUUGAAGAGCUUUUGAGAGAAUAUGACAAUGUCUGCACUCUCAGAGUCCGUAUGCCGAUAUCGUCUGACCUCAGCAACCCACGUAACUUCAUCACCAAGAUUUCAAAAUAUAGCAAAGUGGUUGACAUUCCAAACAGCAUGACUAUCUUGGAUGAGCUACUGCCCAUUUCAAUUGAAAUGGCCAAAAGGAAUUGCAGGGGCAUUUGGAACUUCACAAAUCCUGGUGUUGUGAGUCACAAUGAGAUUCUGGAAAUGUACAAGAACUACAUUGACCCCAAAUUUACAUGGUGUAAUUUUACACUGGAAGAACAGGCCAAGGUUAUAGUUGCCCCUCGCAGCAACAAUGAAAUGGAUGCUUCCAAGUUGAAGAAAGAAUUCCCUGAGCUGCUAUCAAUCAAGGAUUCUCUGAUUAAGUACGUUUUUGAGCCCAACAGGAAGAGUUUUGCAGGAGGAGUUUCAAAAUAAGCAUAAUAUCAUGAACUCAGGCCUAAGCACCAAUUUCUGCGUUCUUUUUCUCUGCUUGUUGCCAUUGUUAUUCAUCAUUCAUAUGCUUCAUUUUUAUUAGUUCCAUUAUUCUAAUGAUUGGCUAUAGCUACCAUAAGUCCCCCGAGGUAAUUUUGUUUGUUAAUUUAAUCUUGGCAUUGUUAAAAGGAGUUCUGAAUUGCUUCAGAAUAUCUAAAUAAUGUACAUUGCCACCUGCUGGACUUGUAAUUUAUUUUUUGAACCUUAAUAAAGUUGUUUAUUUUUAUUU